CGUGAAUGCUGGCAUGAAUAGCAGAAGAACAAGACCAAGGAGGACGUUUAUCGUUACGGAGUGAAGUUUUGCAGUUGCAUUAAAUAGCAAAACAGCCAGCAUGUCCUUGACCCCGAAGAGUGUAGAUUUCAAUGAAAUUUGGCCAAAUCUGAGGAGCACCGCUGAAGCGGUCAUAACCCUGGGCAAUGUUAAUCGCACAGAUUGGAGUACCCGAUUCAGUGAUGUCUACACGUUGUGUGUGGCGCAUCCAGAGCCAUUCGCUGAUAAGCUGUAUUACGAGACAAAACAGUUUUUGGAAAAUCAUGUGCAAAAUAUGUUGGCAACAAGAGUAGCACCUGGUUCGUGCGGUUCAUCAAGUGAAAAAGAUGGUGAACCUGAUCUAUUGCAACGUUAUUAUGAUGCGUGGUCCGAAUAUAGUCAGGGUGUCAAGUACUUAGAUAAUUUGUAUUCUUACCUAAACCAACAGCAUAUUAAGAAACAAAAAAUCUCCGAUGCUGAAGUGGUAUAUGGCAAUUUGUCCACCGAAACGCUGGAACAAAUGGAAAUUGGCGAGCUGGGUCUCGACAUUUGGCGCAUUUAUAUGAUAAAGUCACUCAGUGGCGAAUUGGUCAAACAUAUUUUGGAAGGAAUUAAGGCAGAUCGUUGUGGCAGUCCAGAAAUUAACACCACUCGAGUGAAGAUAAUUAACGGUGUAAUCCACAGUUUUGUGCAAGUCCAGGACUAUAAAAAGAAUGGCUCACUUAAGUUGUAUCAAGAACUCUUUGAAAGCCCACUACUUGUGGCUAGCGGAGAAUAUUAUGAUAGUGAGGCAUCGAAGCUAUUGCAGACGUGUACUGUGAGUCAGUAUAUGGAGGAGGUCAUAAAGAUAUUAUACGAUGAAAGUAAUCGUGCACAAAAGUUCCUGCACACCAGCUCAUUGUCCAAACUGCGUAAACAAUGUGAGGAUCGGUUUGUAAAUCAGCGGCUUGAUUUUCUAUACUCCGAAUGCAAAGAUAUGGUAUCGCAAGAAAAACGCAAAGACUUGCGCAAUAUGUACAUAAUAUUAAAACCGAUACCGGAUAAUCUGAAAGGGCAGCUAAUCCAAACAUUCUUAGAUCACAUCAAAAACGAAGGACUAGAGACUAUUUCAACACUGUCGGGCGAAAAUAUUCAUAUACAAUUUGUGGAGAAUAUGCUAAAAGUACAUCACAAGUAUCAGGAGCUUAUUGCUGAUGUAUUCGAGAACGAUUCAUUAUUUCUAAGUGCUUUGGAUAAGGCAUGUGCGAGUGUCAUCAAUCGCCGCCCAAGCGACCGACAACCUUGCAGAAGUGCUGAGUAUGUUGCGAAGUACUGUGAUACGUUGCUGAAAAAAUCCAAGACUACCGAGGCGGAAAUCGACCAAAAACUCACCAACAAUAUAACUAUUUUUAAGUACAUCGAAGACAAAGAUGUCUAUCAAAAAUUCUAUAGUAGACUGUUGGCAAAAAGACUAAUUCACGAGCAAUCUCAGAGCAUGGAUGCGGAGGAAGCAAUGAUCAAUAGAUUGAAGCAAGCUUGUGGUUAUGAAUUUACAAAUAAGCUACAUCGUAUGUUUACGGAUAUCUCGCUUUCGGUGGAUUUGAAUAAUAAAUUUAACAAUCAUUUGAAACAGGAAAACAUUGAUUUAGGCAUUAAUUUAUCCAUCAAAGUGCUUCAAGCUGGCGCAUGGCCAUUGGGACCCACACAGGUUGUGAUACCUUUUGCGGUGCCUCAGGAAUUCGAAAAAUCGAUCAGAAUGUUUGAAACAUUCUAUCACAAUUCAUUUAAUGGCCGGAAACUGACGUGGCUACAUCAUAUGUGCCAUGGCGAACUGAAACUUGGCUAUCUGAAGAAAACUUACAUCGUAACCAUGCAAACCUACCAAAUGGCCAUGCUAUUGUUAUUCGAAUCAUGUGAUUCGCUUACUUGCAAGGAUAUACAAACCACGCUACAACUGAAUGGUGAAACGUUUCAGAAGCAUUUACAAUCCCUGCUGGAGUCGAAAUUGCUUAAUGCUAGUUCAGAAGUUUUAGAAGGCAAUACAAAAAUCGAAUUGAAUUUCGAUUACUCGAAUAAGCGAACAAAAUUCAAAAUAACAUCUGCUAUGCAAAAGGAAACGCCACAAGAACAGAUUGAACAUACAAUCAGUGCGGUGGACGAGGACAGGAAACUAUAUCUGCAAGCAGCAAUCGUGCGUAUUAUGAAAUCUCGCAAAGUUUUGAAGCACAAUGCACUCAUACAAGAGAUUUUAUCGCAGUCGAAAGUAAGCUUUACACCGAGUAUUUCAAUGAUAAAAAAAUGCAUCGAAUCGUUAAUUGAUAAACAAUACAUUGAGCGAACUCCUAAUUCUGGGGAUGAAUACAGUUAUGUAGCAUAACUUUUGAAAUUCUUGGCGCUGUUUAUAAUUAAUUAUGACGCAGCUAUCGUGUUAUGGUAGGCAACAACAUCACCAUUAACACGGCUAACCGAAAUUUGAAAUUGCUGCUCCAAAAGUUUGUAUGCCGAAUAUUAAAUUAUUGUUUAUAUACAAAAUUUUAAA